AGGGUUGGCUCAGGAGGAAGAUUUAAACGGAGAGGAAGAGGAAGCAGAGCUAACUUCUAUAGACACGCGUUUGUUGGGCCAUAUUAUCAGCCUGCUUUCGACAGUCUCCGCGGGUCCAAGACAUCACAAGCCCCUAUUUUACCUAAGUUUGUGGAAACAGACUGAAGAUUGCCACCAUGCAAAUUCCCUUUCCCUAAUGCUUCCUGUCCCUGCUGAGGUGCAGUCAUUUCUGCAUGAUCUGCAUUGGAGCAUUGAGCUCCUUCAUAAGGACGAGGCGCUCUAUUGUGUGUGUAAAGUUCAGGAAAUCUGAGUCGCUGGUGGGUGAGACCUGCAGAGGGGACAGAAAGGGAGGGAGGAGCGUGAAGAGAAUGGAACCAGUGUUGAAUGGUCGUUCUUGUCUGAAUACUUGCAGGUAAUUGGGUCAUAAUAUAAGACGGUAAACAUGCUUCAAGAGAUUCAGGAGUUUGGCUCACACGCCAUGGAUAUCUAUGACUACCUCUUGGCAGGAGUUGAUCCGCGGCUGAAGGACUACCCAUUGAUGCAGAGUCCUGUUCCCAUGACCGCGAUAUUGCUGUGCUACCUGUUCUUUGUACUGUACCUAGGACCUCGCAUAAUGGCCAAUCGCAAGCCCUUCCAGCUAAAGGAAGCCAUGAUAGUCUACAACUUCCUGCUAGUGGCGCUGUCGAUAUUCAUUGUCUAUGAAUUCUUGAUGUCUGGUUGGGCCACAACAUAUACCUGGCGAUGCGAUGCAAUUGAUACCUCUGACAGUCCUCAAGCACUACGAAUGGUUCGGGUGGCCUGGUUGUUCUGGUUCUCCAAGAUUAUUGAGCUCAUCGACACUAUCUUCUUUGUGUUGAGGAAAAAGCACAGCCAGAUCACCUUCCUACACAUCUUUCACCACUCCUUCAUGCCCUGGACCUGGUGGUGGGGAGUCGGCUAUGCCCCUGGUGGAAUGGGAUCUUUCCAUGCCAUGGUGAAUUCAUCUGUCCACGUUGUCAUGUAUUUCUACUAUGGCCUUGCUGCUGCUGGACCAAGCUUCCAGAAGUUUUUGUGGUGGAAGAAAUACAUGACUGCCAUUCAGCUCAUCCAGUUUGUCCUGGUUUCUCUCCACGCUACCCAGUAUUACUUCAUGGACAGCUGCGACUACCAGUUCCCCAUGAUCAUCCACCUCAUCUGGAUGUACGGAACCUUCUUCUUCGUCCUUUUCUCCAAUUUCUGGAUCCAGGCUUACGUGAAGGGUAAGAGGUUGCCCAAACAGGACAUUAAGCAGUGUCAGAACGGCACAGCUGUGUACACCAACGGCAAAUACCACGAGAACGGCAAACACCACGAGAACGGCACCAGCAACGGCAUCACCCAUGGAGUCACCAACGGCACCAGCAACGGCUCUGCUCACCACGAGAAUGGCAGCGCUCACAUGGGCAAGAUGAAGAAGGCCUAGGAUCUCUGGAAGGAAACACCCAAGAAGUAUGACCCCGCGAACCUGUUAAAACUACUACAGAUUCCAAAGAUAAUUUUGGCUGUGUUUCUUUUCCUGUUUUUAGUUUUAUAUGCAAAACAUGGGGAAAUGACGUGGUCAAUGAUUUCCACAGUUGGGGUCCUACAUUUGGUUGGUUGGUUGGCUUGUUUCUUUGAAUUGGGGAUCCAUCUAUGGAACACAAUGUAUGAGGAGAAGAUGUUUUUACCUAAAUGUUAUCUUCACUGAUGUUGCAAACAACCUCUUAGUUCAGUGUCACACUGGUGGCCUUUCACUCCACUUUCCCUCACUACUUAUCUGACACCCUGUGUCAUCUUGACCCCCCCACACCCCCUGUGGACAGAUGACUGUACAGUUUCUAUCAAACUUGAAAAUACUUUUUGUAAAUAGUUUUACAAUAAACAAACAAAAAAUAACUAAUUGUAUUGGUAUGCUUUAGACUUUCUAAAUUUUGUUACAUUGUGUAUUUAAAAUUAAAAUGCCAAUAAAUUCCAUUUUAAAUUGUCUUUA